GGAGGUUCCCCCGCCGACGAUAACCUUGUUCGUUAAGAAAUCAAAUUAACGCGACCGGAUAAAUACCCACGUAUUCGAAUGAUGGUGUCAUUGAAGUGGCUCUAUAGCGUACAUAAACUAUUCCCACUAGUAGUGCUAUAAGCGGUCCGAUUACUUUCAUCGUGAUAACAAGACGCGCAAAUGUGAUGCAUCAAAUUAAAGUAUGAUAACGAGAGCGCUAAUGAGUUAAUAUAAAAUAUACCGUUAUCAUUGCACUCCCACUCUUUCUGCUCUGCAACCACGUCAUGAAAGUGAUAUUAAUCGGUGUAGGCGGUAGCUCAUCUUCAGGCAAGACUACACUCUCGAAGAAGCUGUUAAAUAUACUACCAAAUUCGUUCAUUAUACAUCAGGAUGAUUUCGCUCCACCGAAUGACAAAAUACCGUUAGAUCCAAUACACAACGUGCAAAAUUGGGAUGAUCCUGACUAUUCAAUAGAGUGGGAUAGACUAAUAAAGGUAUUGGAUUAUGUUAAAACGGAAGGAAAACUGCCAUCAUCGCAUAAAUCACACGAUCAUCUUCAUCCACCCUCACAAUCGAAUCUCAUAUCGAAGGACUUAAACGCUAAAGAAUUAGCAUUGCAGAAGAAAUCAAAAGAACGUUCACCUGAUGGUGUCAUAUACGCUCUUCUCGAUGGUUUCUUGUGUUUUUAUAACGAAACAGUUAGGAACAUGCUAGACGUGCGGAUAUUCCUCAAUGCGGACAGGGAGACACUAAAAAAACGACGUGCACAAAGAGAAGGUUAUGCUACUGCAGAAGGAGAUGUAUGGAUUGAUCCACCAUUCUAUUUUGACGAUAUCGUAUGGCCUGCUUACAUCAAAGCGCAUAAGGAUGUUUUUGUAAAUGGAGAUCCAGAAGCUGGUAUACCAACCCCGCAUAUUAGGGAUUUACAUGUCUAUGAUUCAACAAAGUUGGACGUCGAUGAAAUUCUAUCGAAUGCGACGGUUGACAUUGUAGAAUAUGCAAGACAAACACGAUUAUAGCAAUGCCAUACAACAAGAAUACAUUGUGAUACAAAAAUGAAUUAAAUUAGGUUGAGAGGUUCGCGUUAUUAAUUUAUCUGCUCUUGUGGUGGAUCUGUUAUGCUGUCAUUAUGCUCGAUUUUUGUGAAUUCAAGUGGCUCGGUCUGACCGAUAACGGGCGGUUGAGCAGAGUCUACUGGAUUUAUUGGAUCAAUUGGGUCUACGGAAUUUACCGGGUUUACCUCAAAUGAUCUACCAUCGUUGAUUUCAAAUGACUUGCCAUUCGGACCAGUUGGAAAUUGACUUCCUUGUACCGAGAACUGUAAUUGAUCGGUCGCAGCAGCUGGUAAGGCUGAUGUUGAUCCGCCUGUUGGGUGUAAUGCAGCUGCAUCGUCGACAUCGCCAUAUGCGUCAUCUUCCUCUUCAACAUCAUCAUCAUCAUCAUCAUCGUCUUCUUCAUCACCAUAAUCGUCUUCUUCUUCUAAUUCAGCAUCACCAUCUUCUUCAUCUUCGUCAUACUGUAUACGUCUUGAAGAGCGUCUAGAUGAGCGACGUGUACCCUUUGGUGUUUUUGUCGUUGUUUGUGGAGAUGUGAUUGAUUGCAGAUUUGAUUUACCAGCGAAACCGCCAGAUGCUUCGUGUAAUCUUCUUGCAGAUCUACCAUGGGCACCUGAGUGAUCCAUGUGGUAUCUGAAACCAUUGGCAUUUUUCCAGCGCUUGUUGCAUCCUGGAACAGGGCAUGCGUAUGGUCUUUCUGAGACAGCAGCUUCAUCACGACUGAGAGUUUUGAGAACCCCAUUACAGUUACCGUGAUUAAUGUGAUACUUCAAACCGUUUCUGUUCUUCCAUGUCUUUGAGCAUUCUGGGUUUGGACACUUGAAUGGGCGAGGAUCGGAUUGGUCAGGGACCUGUGAGAGGGCAUGGGCCAUGGCCUCCUCUGCUGUGUUGUACUUUGUUUCGUCGUAUGCAGGAUAAUUUGCCCUUCUGGCCAUCAAAGAUUCUCCCUUCAUAUGGCUGUCUGGUGAUUCAAUUUUUCUGAAACCCAAGGUCUGGUCCUGGAACAUAGGAGCAGCUGUAGGUCUCAUAGCUGGUGGAAGUGCAGACAUGCUAUCGUCACCGGCGCCAUCCUCGUCAUACGCUGCGUCCUCUUCUGAACCAUUCAAGUCAGUGACUUCAUUGAGCAAGUGAUGGGAAGGUGAAGUAUGUACACUAAAGGUAUUUACUGGCUUCUUGUCUUCGGGGUAGCGCUUUAAAUCUUCACCGUACCAAUUAAUGAGAUUGUUGGACGAUGCGAUGUCGUUGCUGGCAGCUACGUAAUAGUCAGCGACCGAAGUUUUUGAAAAAUUACGAAAACGCACCCCUGAGGUAAUCAAUUUCACUUAGAGGAAUUUCCUUUGAGCAUUCGUCGGAAGUUGCCAAAUGAUUUCUGAGAUCGCUAUCAACGAGGAAAACCUUUGAGCAGGAAUGACAGCGUGAACCUGGGACAUUAAAUUGACCAAGCUGAUCUAAAUAUUGCAACUGAUCCUCCAUUCAGAUUUAAUUUCGAUGUUCAAGAUCAAGUGAUGAAUUUUUUUGU